AUGGAAACAAGAGUGAAUGUUGAAGAAAUGAAGAGGUUAUGCAAGUGUUUGGGUUUUGACAGAGGCGGAUUUCUGGAUGUUAUUGGGCUAGCUGGGGGCUUUCGCUUCCUUUGGAACAAUGAUGUGGGGCUUCAUUUGGUAGAAGCUUCUAAUGGUAUUUUUGAGACAUUAAUAUGGGAUGAUAAAGUGAAUGUGUUUUGGACUCUCUUCGCUACUUACAGGAGUCCCUAUGAGGAUCAAAAACAAAGCUUUUGGAACAGAUUGAAGAAUAGAGUGCUUGACUGUGAUAACUGUUGGGUCAUUGUGGGAGACCUAAAUGUGAUGCUUCAAGAUCAUGAGAAGAUGGGUGGAAACCGAUUAUCCCAAAGAGACACAAAGAUCCUACGAGAAUUCCUAGAGGACACGGUCGUCCGUUUAGAUUUUGUGAAGCAUGGACCAGAGAGGAUAGUUGUGAUUAAAACUGCUUGGCUGGAAAAUUCUUUCCGAGGCAACCCGUUAGACAUUUGCAAGAAAUUAGAAGCCACAAAGAAGAAUCUCAAAAGAUGGUGUAAGGAUACGUUUGGAAUGCUUGAGAACAAAAUAGAAUUGAUUGAAAAAAGGUUGGAGUGGGUGCAGAAACAACAAUAUGAUAAAGAUUUACUCGAAGAAGAAGCAAGGUUGUAUCUAGAACUUAAUGAAAUGUGGCUCAGGCAAGAGAUGAUAUGGAGACAGAGAUCAAGAGAAACAUUGUUAGUAAAAAGGGAUCGAAACACAUAA